UGGUCCAUGCCACAGGUUGCCUACCUGUCUCGCAUAACUCCACACAAACCUCCGAGAGCUCGUGCGCUCCUCGGUCCUCAACAGGAGAACGCGCCUCUGUUCACCCGUCAACGAUCUCUCGCGCUUUGACUCCUCCCUUAAAAGUCUCGCGACUGACACAUCUGACACAUUCUCUGAGGAAAAAAGCUUUUUUCGGUGGAGGUCGCUGGAAAGCGCUAGGGUUUUCCUCGUUUUCCCACAGCUGUGAGGACUUACCGCUUCUCGGGUGUCGACUAUGCUGGACCCGUCCUCCAGCGACGAAUCUGAGGGGGAACUUCCACUUGAGGACGAACCGCCUGUUAAAACCGGCAAAGCUGUUAAAAAGAGCCCCAAACCCGAAAAUUCGACAGAUGCUCCGCGAACCCAAAAUAAGGAACUUGUGCCCUCUCCUGCAGAGGCGGACAAAAUCGAGCAGGAGAGACUUCAGAAAGAGGAAGCGGAGAGAAAAAUUAAACUACAGAUUUACGUGUUUGUUUUGAGGUGUAUCGCGUAUCCGUUUAACGCCAAGCAGCCCACAGAUAUGGCUCGCCGUCAGCAGAAGCUCAACAAGCAGCAGUUACAGGUGGUAAAGGAACGUUUCCAGGCCUUCCUGAAAGGAGAGACUCAGAUUGUGGCAGACGAGGCUUUCUGCAACGCUGUUCGCAGUUAUUAUGAGGGCUUCCUGAAGAGCGAGCGAGUGGCCCGUAUGGUCCAAGGUGGAGGCUGCUCUGCUAGUGACUUCCGUGAGGUCUUCAAGAAGAACAUUGAGCGCCGCGUGCGCAGCCUGCCCGAGAUUGACGGCCUGAGCAAAGAGACUGUCCUCAGUUCAUGGAUUACCAAAUAUGACGCCAUCUACAAAGGAGAAGAGGACCAACGGAGGCCUCAGGGACGCAUGCCGUUUACUGCCGUGUCCGAGCUGAUCCUCAGCAAGGAGCAGCUCUAUGAGAUGUUUCAGCAGAUCCUGGGAAUUAAAAAGUUUGAACAUCAGCUUCUCUACAAUGCCCUUCAGUUGGACAACGUGGAUGAGCAGGCGGCGCAGAUCCGCAGAGAGCUGGACGGACGACUGCAGCUGGCUGAGAAAAUAGCGAGAGAGCGGAAGUUCCCAAAGUUUAUUUCCAAAGACAUGGAGAUGAUGUAUGUAGAGGAGCUCAGGUCAUCUGUCAACCUGCUGAUGGCUAACCUGGAGAGCCAGCCGGUGGCCAAAGACUUCAAGCCUAAGAUCAAGCCAAAACUCACACCCAUGAACAGUUUUCUUGACAUCGGUGAUGAAAAUGACCUGCCCCUUUCCAAAUCCGACGUAGUUCUAUCUUUUUCUCUGGAGAUUGUAAUUAUAGAGGUACAGGGGCUGAAAUCAGUUGCUCCUAACCGGAUCGUGUACUGCACCAUGGAGGUGGAAGGAGGUGAUAAGCUCCAGACGGAUCAGGCGGAGGCCUCCAGACCACAGUGGGGCACACAAGGAGAUUUCACUACCACACACCCCCUGCCAGCAGUCAAAGUCAAACUUUUCACAGAAAGCACCGGAGUUUUGGCUCUGGAGGACAAAGAGCUGGGCAGGGUGGUCCUUCACCCCACCACUAAUGGGCCCAAGACAGCAGAGUUGCAUAAGAUGGUUGUACCUAAGAACAGCCAAGACGUGGAUCUGAAAAUCAAACUGGCCGUCCGUAUGGACAAGCCCCCCAACAUGAAGCACAGCGGGUAUCUUUACGCCUUAGGCCAGAGAGUUUGGAAACGAUGGAAGAGGAGAUAUUUUGUGCUUGUUCAGGUGAGUCAGUACACGUUUGCAAUGUGCAGCUACCGGGAGAAAAAGUCCGAGCCGCACGAGCUGAUGCAGCUGGACGGAUAUACGGUCGAUUACUCGGACCCGCAACCAGGUCUUCAGGGAGGUAGAGCCUUCUUCAGUGCUGUCAGAGAAGGUGACCUGGUGGUAUUCGCCAGCAAUGACGAUCAGGACCGCGCCCUUUGGGUCCAAGCCAUGUACCGUGCCACAGGGCAAUCCUACAAACCAGUAGCACCCACCCAGAACCAACAGAACUGCAGAGGGGGAAACACCCCAAAAGAUGCCCCCAUUUCCUUGCUCAGUCUAGAGAGGACACAGAGACAAGGAGUGGAGGAGCUCAUCUCCGCCGUGCCCUGCAACUUCGACCACGCCAGCCUGUUCCGCAUCCUGCAGAAACACACGCUCACGCACCGCAUGAACGACUCCUUUUCCUGCCUGGGUUGGUUUAGCCCAGGUCAGGUGUUUGUUCUGGAUGAGUACUGCGCUCGGUACGGGGUGAGGGGCUGCCAUCGUCACAUCUGCUACCUGAAAGACUUGAUGGAUUUCUCAGAUAACAACGCUCUGGUGGACCCCACCCUCCUACACUACAGCUACGCCUUCUGCGCAUCGCACGUCCACGGAAACAGGCCGGAUGGUAUGGGCACAGUUACAGAGCAGGAGAAGGAGGAGUUUGAGGAGAUCAGGAGCAGAUUGUUGACUUUGUUGGAGAAGCAGAUCACACAUUUCAGGUACUGUUUCCCCUUUGGGAGACCGGAGGGGGCCCUUAAAGCCACGUUGUCUCUUCUAGAAAGGGUUCUUAUGAAAGACAUAACCACAGCCGUCCCACCGGAAGAGAUGCAGAAGAUCGUUCAGACGUGCCUGGAAAAAGCCGCUCUCAUCAAUUACCAGCAGUUGACUGACUACGCCCAGAUCGAAGGAGACAGCAGCCAGGCAUCACCAGAGAAGAAGUUGGAAGACAUGAUCAGACUCGGAGAGCUGUGCAUGGAGGUGUUACAACAGAACGAUGAGCAUCACUCUGAGGCCUUCUCCUGGUGGCCAGAGGUAAUGGCCGAGCACGCCGAAACCUUCCUGUCACUCUAUACAGUGGACAUGGAUGCAGCUCUGGCUGUUCAAUCGCAAGAUUCAUGGGAAAGUUUUCCUCUCUUUCAGCUGCUCAACAAUUUUCUACGAACUGACCCUCACCUUUGCAAUGGGACGUUUCACAAACACCUGCAGGAGCUGUACGUCCCUCUGGUGGUGCGUUACAUCGACCUGAUGGAGUCAUCCAUAGCUCAGUCCAUCCACCGUGGCUUUGAGCAGGAGACGUGGCAGUCUGUGAAGACUAUAACCAACAAUCUGCCAAGCGUUCCACUGCCCAGAGUUCCCAACCUGCCUCUUAACCUUCCUCAGAUGCCCAGCUUCUCUGCCCCGUCCUGGAUGGGGCCGUUGUGUGAUAGCACAGGGCAAGGAAUUAAUUUGCCAGAUAUUUUUAAUGGCUCGGCUACAUCCGAAGAUUUGUUCUGGAAGCUCGAUGCUCUCCAAAUGUUCGUGAUGGACCUACACUGGCCGGAGCCCGAGUUCGCCAAACAUCUGGAGCAGAGACUCAAACUCAUGGCCAGUGAUAUGAUGGAAGCCUGUGUCAAAAGGACCAAAGCUGCCUUUGACUCGAAAAUGCAGAAAUCCAGCAAGUCCACAGAUUUCCGUGUGCCCUUGUCCGUCUGCACCAUGUAUAAUGUUCUCAUGGAUGCCAAGAAGCAAUGCUCAAAGCUCUGUGUUCUCGAUCAAGGUCAGGAGGUUGACCAACAGUGGCAACAGUACCACUCGAAAAUCGAUGUCCUAAUCGAAGAGGCCUUUAAGGAAAUGAUCUCCUCCUUAGUCUCAAAGUUUGCAGCUGUUUUAGACGGGGUGUUGUCCAAACUCUCACGAUAUGACGAGGGAACAUUCUUUUCUUCCAUCCUCUCUUUUACCGUAAAAGCAGCAGCCAAAUAUGUGGAUGUCCCAAAACCUGGUAUGGAUCUUGCAGACACCUACAUCACCUUUGUAAGGCAGAACCAAGACAUUCUGCGAGACCGUGUGAAUGAUGAGGUGUACACAGAGAAGAUCUUUGAUCAAUGGUACAACUCUUUCAUGAAGGCAGUGUGCGUGUGGCUGACAGACAGGCUGGACCAGCAGCUGCAUGUUUACCAACUCAAAACUCUCAUCAAGAUUGUCAAGAAGUCCUACCGCGACUUCCGACUACAAGGCGUGCUGGACGGCACCUUGAACAACAAGAGCUACGAGACGGUUUACAACCGGCUCACGAUCGAGGAAGCCACGGCGGCCGUGUCUGCGGCCGACGGCCUGCAGGGCAUCACCAUGAGGGACAGCGAUGAAGAGGAAGGUUAAUAUGAGCACCUACAUGGAUAGUCGAUAGAUACAAAGAGGCCGGAUUUCAGCUCACACUCCAGCAAGUGCCCUCUUGUCAUCACCACGCUUGUACAAAAACUCUCAUUGGCCACUUACAGACGAGCUACGGUGUCUCUUUCUGUCGUUCUGUAUUUGAUGUGCGUGAUAUGGUGGCCCGUCGCGUUACCAGGCAGCCUCGGCUCGUGAUUGUCCGAAAUGCUAGCGGGAUGCACUCGUAGAUGCUGAUUUCCAAAUGUUUACACAGAGGCCAACCAUUGAUUUGUUUGGGUAUCAUAUAGGCACGGUGUACCGGAAUGAAGGAUAGAAUACAGAGCGUGAUAGUGUCUGCUUACAGUAUGUGCCGUUUUCUGCAUCAGCUUGGGAUCCUCAGGCCAAAGCCAUAAAUAUGGUGAAUGAAAUGCUAGUUGUUCACUGUUUAGCCAACGAAAUCGUGACACUGUUUCACUCAAUAGCUAUGAUAGAAGUAACAGUUGAGUGUAUCUUGUAUAGUACUGUAUGUUGUCAAUGUCUAUGUUUCAGAUCAACGAAUAUGUCUAUAUGAAUUUUAACAAGAGUUGUAUAUUUCUAUCGUCUUUGUGCACCUGAGUUUGUCCAGGUGUCUUUUAAAUGUGCUAAAAUUAAAGUGUUUUUAAUGUCA